UUUAGGGUCACCUCAUUCUCUAUUUUGGCUGGAAGAUGCUGUCCUCGAUGCCCGAAAGCAGACAGUGAACUCAGGGACGGCACUGCUGGGAUUUCAGCAGCCCAAACCAAGCAUCAGUGAGUAAAUAACCCCUGAGCCUGUUUCCAGCUGGAAUUUCCUAGAAAAUAAUUGCUGGAAAAACCCAGGUGUCCUCGCCAAGACUGCAAAACCUCGCUUCUUCAACGGAGGAGAAGCCGGUAGAUGGAGAUGCCGCAUCCCGAAAGGGGAAGAGCCGAUCCCCGGGGAGGGGGAAUGCGCUGUCUUCAUCGCUCUCCGAGGGUUUUUUGGCCACUUCCAAGCCCGGCUCUUGGAUCGAAGGCUGGUUCUUGCGGGGACUCGCCUGCAUGGAAAGUCUAAACCCCUCUGAGCGCCAGCGGCGCCUCUGCCCUCCGGGAGCUGGGGAUUAGAUCAGGAAAUGAGGCACAAGCAGAGGUAAGAGGUUUCCUGAAAUCCUAGCCAAGGCUUGAGUUAUUAAACCAGGCUUCCUGAGUUUUAAAAAAAAAAAACCAAACACCACAACCCUUGGAGAUUUUUGUCUGCGCUUGGCAAUUUUAAAAGCAAAAGGUACCCAGGUGUGAGGGACCCAUUUGCACCUCAGUUCCCCCCUCUCCCCGGGGUGUUUUGCUUGGCUGAUUUUUGCAGGGUGUUUCUGGCCUCAGGGGGUUUUGCAAAGUCCAUUUAAUUAUUAACAGGCAGCUCCUGCCCUUAGCUAGAGGUUAACAGGGCUGGAGACAAGGACGAUGCUGGGUUUUGGGGCAGGCAGAAGCUUUACGGGAGCAGCUAUUAGAUGUGUUUGGAGUCCUUUGGAUGGUUUUAUCCAUCCUUCAGGCUGGAAAACCAGACUUGAUAUGAGAUGGGAGCACCUUAAAAACCCCUUUGCUUCUCCUCCUCAUCUGAAACUGUGUUUUCUCUUUGUUUUUAGGGCAGUCAGACCCUCUCUUGGCUGCAGAAAUGCUCAUACCUCAGCACAACUGAUUGUGGGCUUGGGGCAAUGGGGGAAAUCCUGCCCCAUGGGUGAAAAAUCUCUGCUGUCUCCUUCCUGUUGCUCAUCCCCAUCCCUGUGCACACUGCUAGCCGUUCUCUGGAGAGCUUCUCCCUCCAUCCCAGCCCUAGAGCACCCUCCAUUUGCUCAGUUGCUCGUUUCGAACAUGCCUAAAAUUUGCAGCAGACAGCAAUUUGGGAGGAGGAAGGGGCCGGCUCAGGUGUGGCAUUAGGACCCAGCGGAUCCCCCAUGUUGGAGACUCCUCCGGCUGCAUCCCGGCCCACGCUGCUCCUCCAUCGCUGCUGUCAGGAUGAGAGCGGUGGGGCUCUUCUUGCUGUGUCUGCCAGCGCUCCUGGUCCAGGGACAGUACAGCAGGUUUGAAGGCAUCACCUACCCCGAGCCGGUACAAUAUUCCCAGUACGACCAGCAAUCAGAAAUUCAGGAUUACUACGACUAUCACGAUGUCACCCCCCGUGCCCCCGAGGAGCAGUUUCGGUACCAGUCCCAGCAGCAAUCCCAGCAGGAAAUCGUGCCGGCCCCGACCCCAGCUGCUGCCCCUGAGACCGAGCCCACAGAGCCAGGACCCCUCGACUGCCGGGAGGAGCAGUACCCCUGCACCAGGCUCUACUCCGUGCACAAGCCCUGCAAGCAGUGCCUGAACGAGAUCUGCUUUUACAGCCUCCGACGCGUUUACGUGAUCAACAAGGAGAUCUGCGUCCGCACCGUGUGUGCCCACGAAGAGUUGCUGCGAGCCGAUCUCUGCCGCGACAAGUUUUCCAAGUGCGGGGUGAUGGCCACCAGUGGGCUCUGCCAAACUGUUGUUGCAUCCUGCGCCCGCAGCUGCGGCGGAUGCUGAGCUCGAGGGGACCCCCCUUCGCCGGCUGCAUCCCGGGAUCCCAACCCCUUCCCAUCUUCCUCUCCCGGGUACCCAUCCCACUCUGGAUCUUCACCGUGGUGCUAAAGAAACUGUGCAUGAAAGAGCAUAAAAAAAAAAAAGUCCAUUUUUUGUGCACAUAAUAAUUAAAAAAAGGGGGGGGUAUUAUUUUUAUUACUUUCCUUAUUAUAUUGUAAAGGGGGGGUGGUGCGAGCCCCCACCCCCCCUGUUUUCUACGUAGAGUAUCCAAGAGAUAAAGCGUAAGGGUCGCUGCGGC